GGCUCAGAAGUGUCUACCUUGUGGGAGGUCCUUGAGGCCGCUGAGGUCGUUGGCGUCUGUUGAACGGCUCGUGGAAGUCGUGCUGCCUUGGGUAGGGCGUUAAGGUCGUUCUUGAGAGGAACGUCUCUGUCCGAAGAGAAAAUGAGUUUAGCUCUGAGAAAUGAGCUUGUGGUAGACAAAACAAAGAGGAAAAAAAGAAGAGAACUCUCUGAAGAACAGAAACAAGAAAUUAAAGAUGCUUUUGAACUAUUUGACACAGACAAGGAUGAAGCAAUAGAUUAUCAUGAAUUAAAGGUGGCAAUGAGAGCCUUGGGGUUUGAUGUAAAAAAAGCUGAUGUACUGAAGAUUCUUAAAGAUUAUGACAGAGAAGCCACAGGGAAAAUCACCUUUGAAGAUUUUAAUGAAGUUGUGACAGACUGGAUAUUGGAAAGAGAUCCACAUGAAGAAAUAUUAAAGGCAUUUAAACUAUUUGAUGAUGAUGAUUCAGGUAAAAUAAGCUUGAGAAAUUUGCGACGUGUUGCCAGAGAACUGGGUGAAAACAUGAGUGAUGAAGAACUUCGGGCUAUGAUAGAAGAAUUUGAUAAAGAUGGUGACGGAGAAAUAAAUCAAGAGGAGUUCAUUGCUAUUAUGACGGGUGACAUUUAAAGAAUUACAAGGAUAAACACUAAGAAUGUUGCAGUUACAUCUCAUAUUCUAUUUUUGUGCUGGAGCCGUGUUAAAAAGAAACCCAACUUAGUUCUCUUUUUCCAAAAGGACCAAAAAUAAGUGUCUUAUGUAUUCAUAUUUUACUACUGUUAAUUUUCUUUGUAUGAGCAGUAUUGUUAGCACUCUAAUAGUUUAGCUUUCUAUUUGUAAUAUAGCUUUUAUAUAUAUAUAUAUAUAUAUAAAAUUUAAAAAAUUGAAUCACGUGGUACACAUUCUCUGAAAGUUUUUUAUUCGGCAUCAGUAGUCACUUUUGUUUUGAUGUACACAUUAUGCAGACUUUCAUUAAUAAAGUCUUUAUUUUAGUAGUACUUUAAA